UUCGAAAAAAAGUUUUCAAAAAUAGUUUGUAAAUAAAAAAUAGACCGACAAAUGAUUGCGCUUAUUCGACCAGGCAUUUGAAGUUUCAUAUCACAAAAUUGAAAAAAAUCAGUUACUCGCACGGAUAUUUGUUUGUGAUUUUUCUAAUUAUUUAAUAUAUUUCCGACAAGUUUCGAUGUUAAUCCGACAAUCGUCGACAAGAGUCCGACAAACGAUUUACCCUAAGAAAAAGUCAGAAAUACAAAAUCAGUCGGCCAAGUUCACGGAAGUGGUUGUUGUGGGAUGUUGGGGAAAAAAAAGGUUAAACGGAGGCUUAUGAUAAGAAAAAAACUUGAUCUCCGUAUAGCGCUCAGGUAGUCGCGAGCACGUGUAUGUCUUAUUCCUGAAGGUUGGGAAAAAGAUUCUAAACUCGUUUGAAUAAUGAAUUUAUCGUCCAAGCCCUACGAGGGAACAAUAAGAUACUAAUAUUAGGAGAUAAGGAUACAUCAAGAAUUAUACCUUUGGAACGGACACUUUAAGAGUAUCUUGUGACAUUGUUAAGUUUUCAAUUACGAAAGUUUACAUAUUAUCUGAGUAUAAUGACAGAAGAAAUUUCAGGGAAAGUGGAUAAGAUGGAAUUGGAAGCAAGUGAUUGCGACAGCAGUGACGAUUGGGAUGAGGGAGAGUCAACUCAUUGUGGUCUGAUUACCUGCCUUUUUUGCAAAGAGGAAUUUAAACUGUACAUCGAAGCUACUUUGCACCUGCAAACUGCCCAUAAUUUCAACUUAGCCAAAGUUGUUAGAAAAUUGGGUCUGGAUGAUUACACGUACAGAAAACUUGUUAAUUACAUCAGGCUAGAAAAUUCAAAACCAUCCGAUAUUAUGAACAUGAAGGAUGGUCAAGCAUGGGAGAGCAAUGAGUACUUAAAGCCUGUUGUGCAGGAUGAUGGAUGGUUGAUGCUAGAUAUCGAAGAUAUAGUAGACGACAGAGGAGAGAAAGAUGAGGAGAGACCAAGUAGACAAACAGCUUAUCCAGUUAAUUCCGAAAACGGCUGUGUCACAUUAUCAGAAACACAUUUUGCUGAAUUACAGAGAACAAUACAAUCGUUAAAAGCGCAACUAGAGCAGCGAGAAAUAGUUUGUUUUUUAGCAAAACAACAAAUUGAAGAAAUGCAACUCAAAGUCAAAUCCAUAGUUCUAGAUGACGACAACGACAAAGAUAGAACAUCGAAAUCCGUUAAAAGUAUCCGUGCCAAUGAUGAUGAUGGAUAUUUUAGCACGUACAGUCAUUUUGCCAUUCAUCAUGAAAUGUUGACAGAUACGGUACGAACCGAAACCUACCGUGAUGCCUUGCUGACAAAUUCAAACAUGUUUAGUAAUUGUGUGAUGUUGGAUGUUGGAUGUGGCACUGGCAUUCUCUCUAUGUUUGCAGCUAAAUCAGGCUGUCGGAAAGUAAUCAGUGUCGAUCAAUCAGAUGUAAUUUACCACGCAAUGGAUAUAGUGAGGGAAAAUAAUCUGGACGACAUAAUUCAGUUAAAAAAAGGUCGAUUAGAGGAUAUCGAUCUCGGUGUUGAAAAGGUUGACGCUAUAGUCUCCGAAUGGAUGGGAUAUUUUUUAUUGUUUGAAGGCAUGCUGGAUACAAUUAUUUACGCGAGAGAUCAUUAUCUCGUUCCAGGUGGCAAACUUUUACCGAGCAGAUGUACAUUGAGCAUUGUGGGAAGUGGCGACACAAAACGUUAUAUAGACUUGGUGGACUACUGGUCAAAUGUUUACGGCUUUAAAAUGAGUUGCAUGAAAGCCAAAGUCGUAAAAGAGCCGAGUAUCGAAAUAUCGAACGUCAAGGAUUUGGUUACGAAUAUCACGGAAAUUCAAGCUUUCGAUCUCUACAGCGUUGACACAAAUUGUGUCAAUUUCACAGCCCCCUUUGAAUUUACCAUAACAAAGACUGGAUCACUAACUGCCAUAGUCGGAUAUUUUGACGUUUUUUUCAACGGUUUGGACAAUCCAAUAUCGUUUAGUACCGGGCCACACGCACCAGCGACUCACUGGAAACAAACUGUUUUUUCUCUCACCGAACCGAUCAGUAUAACUGAAGGUGAAGUAAUUUGUGGGAAAUUGAUUUGUCGGAGGCACGUUAAGGACGUUCGAGGACUAAUAGUAACCAUUUGCAUUAAGAAUAUCAGCCAGGUUUAUUACUUGGAUUAAUAUCACUGCCAAAUACAAUGAAUCACGUAGCCACGAUAAUGACUUCGUAGGAGGAGUGAGUGCCAACGAUUUAUUAAUUCCACAAGAGAACAAAUUAUUCGAAAUAUUGAAAAAUCUCAAAACAUAAGAAUAGAUUAAAACUGGUUACUUCGAUUCGUUCCAUGAUUCGAGGGAUCAGGAUACCUCAAUUAGAGAUAAGAGGACAGUUUGUAUUCUUAGUAAACGCACACGGAGCGAUUUGAAAAAUAAUAUCGAAUGAGCUUGUGAUUGAAAAAAAAAACAUUGCUCACGUGCCUUUGAAAAAUUUCCAAUUCCAACUCUCUAGCAUGGUUAAUAUUCUUGGUCCGUAUAGUGAUCGAGUUCCUGAGCUUACAACUUCUCCAUUAUGUAUUUUGAAAAUCAUUAGCGGUAUGACACGAUACCUUACAAGUCUUAGCAUCGUAUAAGCAGCAUACAACGUGAUUACGAAAAAAAAAAAAAAAAAAACAAGAAAUUCACGAUUGACGGACCUAGUAAAAUCUACCUCUGUUAAGCUACAAUAAUAAAUACAAAAAUAUAAUAAUUCUGUUCGUCUUCGGUAUCAACAUGAAUUCCUUCUAUCAACACAUUGCUCAUAUAACUACGAUAGAUUAUCCUCUUAAUAAGUAUGUACCCUGACCAAUGUACAAAACAGUUUAAAAAAAGGUCAUUGACCGUACACUUAGUUCUGGAAAACAGUGAAUUAAAGAACAUUGCUUCAACAA